AUGGGCUCGAUCGGCGAGGAGAAUCAGAAUUCUUCAGGUAAUUCCGAUAACCACAUUAACGAUGACGUGUCACCAUCGAUGAAGAUGGAAACUCUAUUAGUUUCGGAAAACCCGAACUCGCCAAAUGUCCAACAAUCACAAGAAAUCAGCAAGAACGACGCAGUUGAUGUGCAGUUCACCGAUCCAUGCGCCAUUUGCAUUGAGGGCAUGGACGCAUCGGAAGAACUCACGAAGAUGACAUGCUGCCAGAAUCUCAUUCAUAAUGAAUGUCUUCGAAAAUGGAUAAAUUCCACCAUAGAGAUGGAUCAACAAGAAACUUGCCCCUUGUGUCGACACGUACUUUCAGAUUUAUUUAUUGAUAUAGUGUUCGAUAUUGACGAGAAGGAAAGCGUACCGAAGCCAGGUCGAUGUUGCGAACUUGAUGAUAUGGAGCUGAUUAUCGCUGCAAGGUAUUUAGAAAACUUACCUGUAGAGCAAAAGAGAGCCCUUUAUGAUCUUUUUGGGAAAAUAGAAGAGGAGGUUUUCGGGAUUUCGCUGUGGUCGGAUGGAGAAAGGAAUCGUCUUCGCGUUGUUUUCUUUCUGUGUAAAAAUGACCCCUUGGGCACCGUCAUACAAAUGCCAGGAGAUUCAAUUGAAAUUGCUCACUGGCGACGGUUGAUGGCACUUUUGAACCGGGCGUUGUUACAAAUACGAAAUGAAGAGCAGGAGCCCGUUCUGUGCUCGACCAUUGUUCUUCGUCAACGUCCCUACUACUUUGAUUUUUUCCACCCUGAUGUUUCCGACGUACACUACGGCUUUAUUAUCGACUCCGACUACGACCCCCAUGAUCGGAGAUUCUUGUGA